CCCCAUCCGAGUGUCCCCUGACCUCAGCACUCUCUCAGCAUGAACUGCAUAUCCGACUUCUUCACCUAUGAGACCACCAAGUCAGUGGUGGUGAAGAGCUGGACCAUCGGGAUCAUCAACCGAGUCGUUCAGCUUCUGAUCAUCUCCUACUUUGUGGGGUGGGUUUUCUUGCACGAGAAGGCAUACCAGGUUCGAGACACAGCCAUUGAGUCCUCGGUGGUGACCAAGGUGAAGGGCUUCGGACUCUACGCCAACAGAGUCAUGGACGUGUCUGAUUACGUGACGCCACCCCAGGGCACCUCGGUCUUUGUCAUCAUCACCAAGAUGAUCGUUACUGAAAACCAGAUGCAAGGAUUCUGCCCAGAGAGUGAGGAGAAAUACCGCUGUGUAUCAGACAGCCAGUGCGAGCCUGAGCGCUUUCCAGGCGGGGGGAUUCUCACUGGCCGCUGCGUGAACUACAGCUCUGUGCUCCGGACCUGUGAGAUCCAGGGCUGGUGCCCCGCAGAGGUGGACACGGUGGAAACGCCCAUCAUGAUGGAAGCUGAGAACUUCACUAUUUUCAUCAAGAACAGCAUCCGUUUCCCCCUCUUCAACUUUGAGAAGGGAAACCUACUUCCCAACCUGACGACCAGGGAGAUGAAGACCUGCCGCUUCCACCCGGACAAGGCCCCUUUCUGCCCCAUCUUGCGGGUAGGGGACGUGGUCAAGUUUGCGGGACAGGACUUUGCCAAACUGGCGCGCACGGGGGGAGUUCUGGGCAUUAAGAUCGGCUGGGUGUGCGACCUGGACAAGGCCUGGGACCAGUGCAUCCCCAAAUACUCCUUCACGCGCCUGGACAGCGUUUCUGAGAAGAGCAGCGUGUCCCCAGGAUACAACUUCAGGUUUGCCAAGUACUACAAAAUGGAGAACGGCAGUGAGUACCGCACCCUCCUGAAGGCUUUCGGCAUCCGCUUCGACGUGCUGGUGUACGGGAAUGCCGGCAAGUUCAACAUCAUACCCACGAUCAUCAGCUCCGUGGCAGCCUUUACUUCUGUGGGAGUGGGGACUGUUCUCUGUGACAUCAUCCUGCUCAACUUCCUCAAGGGGGCCGACCAGUACAAGGCCAAGAAAUUCGAGGAGGUGAAUGAGACAACAUUGAAAAUCGCCACUUUGACCAACCCAGUGUACCCCAGCGACCAGACCACAGCCGAGAAACAGUCCACCGAUUCGGGGGCCUUCUCUAUAGGCCACUAGGGCCUCUUUCCAGGGCCCCACCCUCACCCCUGGGCUCCAGGCCUUCCAGCAGGGGACCCCGCCUGAGCACGGGGGCAUGGAAGGGAAGAGGGGCUCUCAUUUCUGCUGCUCAAUCCAUGAGCACAGCUGGGACCAGGUGUCCAGCCCUCCCACUGCUCCGGCAGACAGGCAGUGCCCCUGCUGAGACUCCACUGUCACCCUCACUCCUUGCUUGGCCCCGUCUGCUUCCUAGAACCCCUGGGGCAGUAGCACCUGAGCAGUCCCUUUCCCGAAGAGUAGAGAUGAUAAUGUAGGACAGAUGGCCACAAGGGCCUACCAAGUGCCAGGCACUUUCACACACAUUAUCUCAUUUAAUCCUUAGAAUAAUCCUAUGAGGUAGAUACUAGUUUCCCUUGUUUUGAAGAUAAACCGAGGCUCAGAGAGACUGAGUCAUUUGCCCCAGGCUAGAUAGCCAGGAAGUGAGAGAGCUUGGAUUUGAACCUCCAGCUGACUAACUCCACUGCCCACAGCCCAUGAGAGAAGAAAGAACUCCUGGGGGCCAUCAGCCCUGCUGCUUCAGCCGCCUCCACCCUGACCAGUGAUUCGGUUCAUAAAGAGUAAGCCCCAUGCCUUUCCCAGCAACUAAGGCUGCAUUUUAGGGAGACUGGUUAGAGAACGUUGUGUGGCCGGAUGGGUGGGUCCCAGAUUUGGAAGGAAGCAGAAGGCAUGGCUGUGGGUGAAUUUUUCCUUAUCACACCCCACAGCUCUCCCCUAACCAGGAAAGGGGCCAUUCUUGUUCUUCUGUGGGACCCCACACCCACACACAACUGGGCCCCUCACUCUGGGGAUUUGAUUCCUGGACCUGGGAAUUCGGCAGCCCUCACCUGCAACAUGGGCAAAAAGGCUCCGGUGAGGUCUGGUGCCUUGUGAGCUGGUCAGCUGGGUCAGCCAGGCCUGUCCCCACAGGGUCUUAAUAAGGUAUCCCGUCUUUUAAGGUUAGAAGCUAAAGGGGCCUUAGAAACUAUCUUAUCUAACUGUCUUACUUACAGAUGAGCAAACUGAGGCCAGAAAGGAAAAUGACUAGUUCAGUGCCACAGUCCGUGGUGAAAAGAGAACACACAUGUCCUGCCCUUCAGGGAAGGAGGCCGGAGCAGGAAGCUGGGUGCAUUGACCCGGGCAUCCUCUAUCCCUGUUCUGGCCUCUCUUACAGUGACAGGCCCAGAAGUUGCACCAGGACAGGGCUCAGGAGCAGGCCCAGGUUUUGUGAAGCCUAAGCAUAUACAAUUUGGGGGCGUCUCUUUAGAAGGAAUACAAAAUGAGGUCGUAGAAGGGGUUCAUGCAAGUGAAUGAGCCAGAAGAAUGUUUCAGUAGCUUCAUGGUAAAUCUGCGUCUGGUAGAGUUGGGGUGGACAUGAUCAUGAGAUCUCAGCGCCGGCUCAACUGUAGGUGGAGGGCGGCCCUCAACACAAGGUGCAGGAAGUCGGGGAGGGGACAGCUUCAGGAGCAGUUCAGGAGGCUCAAACGAUGGCUACUUGCAAAGGCCUUGCCCCAAUGACCCCCCGCCCCAGGGGGAGAAGGGGUAAGACCCUCCCCACAUAAGGCUCAUCUCCCCUUCCCUCACUCUGCCCUAACCCACAGCCCCAUGCCCUGGAUGGUGCGCGAGGGGUCAGCUAACCACACAGGGAGGAGCGUGGCUGGUGUCUCAGCAAACCGCUGGGGCAGGACCUCCCCUGGGUCAGCCUUGGGAGUUGGGCAAUGCCUGGAAAUCUGAUCAGACUCUGUUUCCCCAGCAGAGACAUCAGUGAAGGCAGCACCACAUUCUCCACCUGGGACUCCCCCAGGCACAUCUGGGGAAUCCAGCUCUCGGGAGGCUGGGGUCACAGGGAUGCUUUCUAAUGGGGAGAUGAAGGAGGCAGCAGUGUCCUGAAGGGACCCUCCCCCGAACCCCCCUUUCACCCAGAUGGAGGUGGUCCUCCUGCAGGUGCCUCAGGCCCCUCUAAAGCCGGCCAGCGAGAGCGUGUGAGCCUGAGGUUUUCCUCCCCGUAUCUGAACUAAGUUACCGUUUCUGUGUACUAGAUGUAGGGUUAAUAUCAGUAGUGAUA